AUGCUCAAAGCCAUCGAACAAAAAGCCGCCGAGCUAGAGCAAGAAGAAAUAGAUAAGCCACGGAAGAUGAGGGAGGAAGCUAUUAAUAAUAUAAAAAACUCGUUAGAAGAGGAAGAAAAAGGAUUACCUGUUAUCCAGAAAUUUCUAGAAAAAUUUACCGAGAAAGUUAAUAAUGCUCCCAUCAAUGAUUUAUCUUCCCAACAAGAAUUAGCCAAAUCUAAAGGGCAUGAAAACAAAGUUAAACCUAAUCCAGUCCGCGGAGAAAUGGAUUCUAAUGAUUUAAGCAACCUAGAUAAUAAUGCCCUUUUCUACGGAGCUCCACGAACCGGUAAAUCAGUUAUGGCCGAAAAGUUAGCUUAUGAGGCUGAUAUUUAUCCCUUAGUGGUAGUUCAAGGUUCUACUUUGACUACUAAAAAAAUUCAAAAAGAUAUUGGGAUUGACCUUUUGUUAAAAUUUUUCUUUACUAUUUGCAGUAUAAAUUACGAUUUAGCAGAGGACUAUGGAUUUAAAAGAGAAGAAGAUGGCGAGGUAAGGCAUAUUCUUUUUCUAGAUGAAGCCGAUCAAGCUUGCACGACAGAUUCUUUAUCUCCAAAAGAUGCUUCGGCUCAAUUAACUUUCCUAAAAGAAUGUAUGGGUAGUGAUAAUAAAUCCGAAGAGAGCAAAAAUUUCUUAUACGAUAGUAAGCAAUUAGAAAGCUUUGCGGGCAAAUUCGAAAACCCACGGAAUCCAAAAAUAGAAGAAGUAUUGACUACUAUGGAGCAAACUAUGAAACUAACGGCUAAUAAAGUUAGCGAAGAUAUUAGUAAAGCCAUAGAUUCCAGACUAAAAGAACUUGGUCAAGAUGUCAUCCAAAUGAGAAAUACUAUUCAAAGCACUCAUAAUGCCUUAAAUAGUACCCUUAGCCGGACUAUGGAGGAAAUCAAAGGUCGAUUAACAGAGAUAGGAAAUAAUAUGGGAGCCGGAGCAGUUUGCGUAGUUGCUUCCGGAGGCACCCUGUUGCCGUUAGUGGUUGCCGCGGGUGGUGGUGCUAUUGCUGGCAACUUAAUCGGUCAUAAAAUGGACCAAGAUGAAAAGAAAACUAAGAAUCAAGAGCAAGCAUUAGUUAACCAAGGCAAAGUUAUCGAAGAACUUAGUCAAGCCAACAAAGAAGCCAACUCAGAACUUAACAAAGCAAAGCAAGAACGCGAAGAAUUAGUUGAACAGAAUAAAAAAGACCAACAAGGCUUAGAACUUGCAAGAAAUAAAGCUAAUGACCCUAACCUUAGUGAAGAUGAAAGAAAAAAAUGA